GAAAGAGACGUCGGGGUCAAUGAAAACAAACGGGGAGCCCGGGGGGAAGGAAGGCAGGCGAGGAGGAGCGAGCGCCGGGGCGCGGGCGGGAGCAGCCGGGCCGCGGAAGCGCCAGCGGGAGGCCGGCCGCAGUCGCGUUUUUGCCGCCGCCCAGGCUCGCCUGGGGAUGUCCGAGCCCGCGCCUGGCGGCUCCGGAGCUCCACACGGCGCCCGCCGUCCCGGCCUCUGAGGGCCGCUACAUCCCGGCGGCGCGCGCGGGCUCAGGGCGGCUUAGUGCCGGUGCGGAGCGCCCCAGGAGGGGGCCCGGAGGGCUGCCCCAGGCUCAGCGCAUACCCCAGCACCGCGGCCGGCGCCCGGCCAGGAGGAUGCGCGGCGUGGGGCUCUGAAGCAUGGAGGGGGUUCUGUACAAGUGGACCAACUAUCUCACAGGUUGGCAGCCUCGUUGGUUUGUUUUAGAUAAUGGAAUCCUAUCCUACUAUGAUUCACAGGAUGAUGUUUGCAAAGGAAGCAAAGGAAGUAUAAAGAUGGCAGUUUGUGAAAUUAAAGUUCAUUCAGCAGACAACACAAGAAUGGAAUUAAUCAUUCCAGGAGAGCAGCAUUUCUACAUGAAGGCAGUGAAUGCAGCUGAAAGACAGAGGUGGCUGGUUGCUCUGGGGAGCUCCAAAGCAUGUUUGACUGAUACAAGGACUAAAAAAGAAAAAGAAAUAAGUGAAACCAGUGAAUCUCUGAAAACCAAAAUGUCUGAACUUCGCCUCUACUGUGACCUCCUGAUGCAGCAAGUUCAUACAAUCCAGGAAUUUGUGCACCAGGAUGAGAAUCAUUCAUCUCCCAGUGUAGAGAGCAUGAAUGAAGCCUCUUCUCUGCUUAGUGCCACAUGUAAUACAUUCAUCACAACGCUUGAGGAAUGUGUGAAGAUAGCAAAUGCCAAGUUUAAACCUGAGAUGUUUCAACUGCCCCAUCCGGAUCCCUUAGUUUCUCCUGUGUCACCUUCACCUGUUCAAAUGAUGAAGCGUUCUGUCAGCCACCCCGGUUCUUGCAGUUCAGAGAGGAGUAGCCAUUCUACAAAAGAACCAGUGUCUACACUUCACCGACUCUCCCAGCGACGCCGAAGAACCUACUCGGAUACAGACUCUUAUAAUGAGAUUCCGCUUGAAGACCCAGAUAGACCUGUUCACUGUUCAAGAAAUACACUUAAUGGAGAUUUAGCAUCAGCAACCAUUCCUGAAGAAAGCAGACUUACGGCCAAAAAAAAAUCUGAAUUGGAAGAUCCUCUUCCAUCCUUUUCUUCCUGAGGAAACCGAAGUGUCCGACUUCCUCUGAGUAUUGCUAUGCAAAAGCUGCUGUAAUUAAACUGUUGUUAUAGGGGGUAGUUUUUCCCUUUACUUAAGAUUUCUCUGCACUUUAUAGAAUAUUGUAAAACAAACAAAAUACAGCCCACAUACUUUUGAAGUGUAUUUUAUCUUUAUAUAGUUUAUUUGCAAGAGUAUUUUCCUAAUAACUUCACAGUAUGAAUGUGCAUCCUUUUUUUUUUUUUUUUUUUUUUUAAAGAAAUGGUGUAACAUUUUGACAUCCGUAAGGACAAAUGUAGAUAUUUUUCUAAAAAACUGUGAGGGACUGACAGCUUGGUCAGUGUGUAUUGUAGUUUAUAAACAUGAAAUCUUCUAAGGUUUCAGUUUGACAGAAGUGUGACAUAUGUAACAUGUGCCAUGGACCAAAUGGUCACUUUACCCCAGCUAAAAAUGAGUUACGAUAGCAGCUUGAUGGUGAUUGUAUUGUAUUCCUUUAAGCAAAAAGGAAACGCUUAAUAUUCUAAGUAUCUUUAGCCCAAAUAUCAUGAUAUAUUGAGCAUUUUCCAACAACCAGACUGUGUUGUCCUUCACAUGUGAAGUUGACACUACUGAUUUGUCAAUACCAAACGUUGGGUUAAAGUAUUUAAUUAUUAUUUAUUUAUUUUUUUGUUGCAUCAAAAGAUAAUCGCAUCCUCACUUUUGUGACCUACCAAAUUUAAGAUGUGUACCAUUGUUAUUUACAUUGUUCUAGAAAAGAGGUUAAUAUUAUAGUGACCUUGCUCACUUACACGAAGAAAUAAAUGACUUUCAAUGGAAGAGGAUUUUAGUGAUUUUUUUUUCUGAAAUAGACAUUAAGCUGCUGUUGUAAGGUAUUGUUUGCAGCUCUUUAGAAUAUCUAGAGACUUUUUAAUUUAUGAAUAUUUAUACAAAAAAGGAAUUCUGUCAAGGUGAUUGCUCUACAUCACUUGACAAUGUUAUUAUUUAAUUCAAGAACAAAUAGCAAUUAUUGGUAGUGUCUGUUCAUACCUAUUGUCAAUGUUUGCCUUGUAAUUUGUUUUUUUGAACUCACUUUGGGGUGACAGUUUUGCCCAAGGUUUUGGAUAAGGAGCACUUUAAAACAAACGGGUUUGAUGUUUUUAAGUAUUUAAUCAUAUGUUUAAUAAAUAUGUGGUUUUUGCAUCCAAACUCAUCAUAUAAUACAUUGUAUUUUUUACACUCA